AUGAAAGAGAGAGUUUCUCUUUUCUUGGUUCCUAGCCUUCAACAUUUUUCAUUGGCGACGUGUAUUUCUCUUUUGCGAUUCCUUCCACGAUUCCAUUAUUUCAAAGAAAGUGGGUUUUUCUCUCUUUCUUUGAUUCCUUCCAAAAUUUCAUCUAUGACGUGUGUUUUCUCUCUUUCUUUGAUUCCUUUAAAUAUUCAUUAUUUCAUCAAUGACGUGUGUUUCUCUUUCUUGAUUCCUUCCUUAUUCCAUUAUUGCAUUCAUGAUUUUCAUUAUUUCAUUCAUGUUAUGUGUUUCUCUCUUUCUUUGAUUCCAAUAAGCAGAUAUUUGUAUUUCUCUCUUUUUGAUUCCUUCCUUGAUUCCAUUAUUUCAUUCAGACGUGUGUUUCUCUCUUUCUUAGAUUAUGUAGAAAAAAUUAUUUCAGCUAGUUUCUCUCUUGAUUCCUUCCUUCAUCAUGACGUAAUUCCUUAUAAAAUUCAUAUUUUUCUCUUUUCGAUUCUUCCUUGA